GCUGCGCAGUGCGAGCCUGCGCCGGCGCACGACGCACGCGCGCCAAACUAACACGUUCCAAAUUCAAGUGACUAUCGAAAAAGUGUGAAAAAAAAGACUUCGCAAUGAUUACGUUGGCGAUUUUUGUGACGCUGUCACUCUUUUCACUGGAUCAGGUGGAGUCAGCCAAACAACAAGUGCAGUUAUCAGACUCCUACCUCCCAGUCGCGAUGCAGAUUAUAUCUCACAUCACAGAUCAGAUGGCCUUCGAGGUCAAAGAGGAUACUACUCCGAGGCCAACCACGAAGCCUACUCCUAGGCCUACAACUAAGCCUACUCCGAGACCCACCACUAGGCCCACGACCUCCAGACCGUAUGUGACCUACAAACCCAUUAACAGUUGGUGGAGUGGUUUUACAACAAAGAGGACAGAAAUGACGACACCAUUCCACAGACCAGGAUUAUAUGCUCCACCUUCUCCUCCGAAGCCCUACAGCUACAGCAGAUUCUCCUGGAACCCGCAGCAGCACCGCUUCGUACUCCUGCCAGUGGAACACCACGCCCAAUACACCAUCCUUCAACCCCAAGAAACGAGGACAGAAGAACCUCUCCUAUCCAUCCAUCAGGACCAAAUAAAGCCUCUAAUGGAGCCAAGUCCAGAAUCGGCCCCAUAUCUUCCACCCCACUAUGACGUCAAAGUAUCCAGCCGUUCUGAUGGCUACGUCAUUGAUGACAUCAGCGAAGAAAGCCUCCAAUACUUGUCUGAUGAUGUAAGGGAAAUGAUAAAGAUGGCCAAAGACCCUCAUGAUGAUAAGGUGGUGGAUGUGUGGGAUGGAGUCAGGCAGGGCAACCAGCCUGUGACUACGAAGGCGAAGCUGUCGGCUUCGAACUUGAGGCUGUUGCUGCUGUAUGACCUGCUGAGUAGGGACGCGAAGAGACAGAGGCUGUCGGAUUAUAGUGGUUUCUCUCCAGACGUCAUGAAGGCUCUAGUGGCGUCAUCUAGCGGCGGUGUACGAGAACAGCUCAAGAUGGCGCUGGCCAAGAUGGUGGAACGACAUGACUGUGGACAUGAGUACGCCAACAACAGGGCCAGGGAGAUGGUAGAGGAACUGGGCAAGGACGAGUCUGGAAUAUCCACUGAUCUUCGGUAUCUGCAACCUUUAAUUUAUAGCUAUUAAGGUUUGAAAUGGAAUGGAGUUGUCUGUCUUUGUUGAAUUUGAAAAUAUAGAUAUCACAUGGUUUUUAUGGAAAGCAAGAAAAUAUUGUAAAAAACAUUACCCUCCUUCUUUGGCAGUCGGGUAAAAAUUCGCAACAUCCUACUUUGGUUGCUAUUUUUCAAAAUAGAUUACUAAAAUUAAGCAUAGUAGGUAUCUCCUCUUUAUUUCGGACAAAAAUAAGACAUCUUUUUCUUUUAACUUCAAAGAAAAUUGGACCGAGUUAUUGAGUAUUUAAUAUUUUUAUAAUGACUAUCUUCAGACAUACUAAAUUAACUAAAUAUCGCGGGUUACUUACGUGAAUAUACUGAGAAAAGCUCUGCUAGUUUCUAAUCUACUAGUUCAGUAGGCUGCACGACUUCGCGGCGACCGCGCUCGCUGCUCAUGAGGAAGAAUCCUCCUCCUGUGCAUGUGGUUCGAAACUAGUAGAGCUAUUAUUAGUAUUCACGUGAGCGACCCGCGAUUCUUAGUUAACUCGUCGAGUACCGUCAUUAUAGACACAAUUAUAGAACAAUAGGUUGCGGUCACCGGUGACCGCUUGGUGUUUGACAGUUUAAUUGACUGUAUAAUGUUCGAUUAACACACAAUUUUUAAACAAUCCUUACUUCAAAAGCUAAUAUAAUUAAAUCGAUAUCAUUUCAAUAACUCUAGUUACUUAUUAACUUAUUUCUAUGCUAGACUAAUUGUCCCACUAAUUAAACAAGGGCAGACAGUCCCAUGACAGAAAUAUGACAUCACUAAGUUUGGACAUUUUUGUAAAUGAAACGAAGUCAUAUAUGAGUUGAAUGGAAAAUAACCUCAGAACAGAAUGAUGCAUUUAUAUGUAUAAAAAAGUAUUUAUCAUAGAUAUAGGUAACUAUUUUAUAUUGUAACCGUACUAUUCAUAACACAUUUGUUUUAAAUACGAAACGAAAAAAAUUUUUUCAUUCGCGUCGCUCCUUAUUUCAUAGUAGAUACUAUAAAACUAAAUUAUUAUGUUUUCGGCUUAUUCACGUAGUAAUUUGACGAGGAACUCGACUAGUUUCAAGCUAUGCUAGAGGCUCAUAUUCAUGAGCAGCAUUUCGCGUGCUUUGCCGUGAUUCACGCGUACUUUCCUCUAUUCGUGGUAUUAUAGGCGACACGGCGGCGCGCGUGACAUUGUUGACACGCUAGACUCGCCCGCCGGCAGCGCGUUGGGGUUGGGUUCGAAUCCCGGGUCGACGCUAAAACAGUGUUACAUAAAACUGAAUGACAGGACUAUAAAACUGUUGAAAUAUGCUUGCUUGAAAACUCUUUGGCAUUGUUUUGUUUCUCCAUAAAAAUAACAUUUUCUUAACGGUUUAAUGGCACUUAAAUAUAAGUCCCAUUGAUCAGCGAGUAAGCUUAUUGCUAUACCCAAGGCAUUGUCUCUAAGCCCCGUGGUAAUUACUAAAAAAUGUUUGGG